AAAAUGUAGGGUUUUCGCGAAGGAAUCCCAAAACGAGGGUGCUUCGAGGAACGCUAAUGGCGGCACCGCGGUUGCUGGCGAGGAGGAUGAUGGGCUUGGUGGAGCAACGAGCAACCUUCUUCAGUGUCGCAUCGUCGUCGUCGACGUCCGCCCCGAUUGAGCCGGAGCUGUGCGGGCGCGGGGACAAGAAGACGAAGCGGGGGAAGCGAUUCAAGGGCUCUUACGGGAACGCAAGGCCUAAGCGGGAGAAGAAGAUCGAGCGGAUCAAGGAUCGCGUCGAGGUUCCCAGGUCCACCCCUUGGCCUCUCCCCUUCAAGCUCAUCUAAUCGUAUUCUAGGGUUUUAGAUUCAAUAUAAUUCUCAAUCUCUACUUUUCAGUGUUGCAUUUCUGUUUGUUUAGCUGAUGAUUUUGAUCUCAAUUAGAAAUGCUUGUGUAUUUCCUGUGAGUGAAUAUUGGUAUAAUCAGCAAGUUUUUGAUGUCAAAGUUGUCACUUUUAUCUCAACAUCAUUACUCAUUAGUGUGUUCAUCUUAGGGUUAACCUCACUGUAUGAGUGACUAAGUGAUUUAUAGUUUAUCACUUUAUCUA